CGGGGAGGGGAGACCUGGGGUAAUAACCGAGCCCGCUGACACUACCUCGGGCGGGCUGGGACUCCGGGGACCGCAAGGCGGGGUUCUGGGUGGGUGGACGCGGGCUGGUCUCCCAGGUCUGGUUGCGCGCUGCGUGGGAUCCCGCGUCGCCCAGCGCUGACUCCGACUCCGGGCCUGGCCGGCGGGCCGCCCAAAAACAGGCUCGCUCGGCGUCCUUGACCAACCCGGCCACGUCUCGCAGGUGACACCCCUGCCGGGGGACCUCCGGGCACGCUCGCGGGUCUUGGGGAGGACGCCUGACUUUGCCACCCCGCAGCUACUGCUUUCGAGAAAUGGGGCAUAGUAACAGUACUUUGAAGGGGUCGUUGGUGAGGGGGUCGACGGAGAAAAGGCCAACGUGUGACUCCAGGCCCGGCAUGUGGGAAUUCCAAUCUGUGUGUGCACCUGACCCCACCUCAGCCAUGGCCCUGCUCAGUAUCAAUGAACUACCUGAGAACAUCCUGCUGGAGGUAUUCAUACAUGUGCCCGCCCGCCAACUGCUACGGAGCUGCCGCCCUGUCUGCAGCCUCUGGCGUGACAUCAUCGACCUCAUGACCCUCUGGAAGCGCAAAUGCCUGCAGGAGGGCUUCAUCACCAAGGACUGGGAUGAGCCUGUGGCCGACUGGAAGAUCUUCUUCUUUCUGUGCAGCCUGCGCAGGAACCUUCUACAAAACCCAUGUGCUGAAGAGGAGAUGAAAUCCUGGAACCUCGACUUCAAUGGGGGCCACCGCUGGAAGGUGGAGAGCCUUCCUGGAGCCCAUGGGACAGAUUUCCCCGACCUGAGAGUCAAGAAGUAUUUUGUCACAUCCUUUGAGUUAUGCCUCAAGUCCCAGCUGAUUGACCUUAAAGCUGAGGGCUACUGGGAGGAGCUACUGGACAGGUUCCGGCCUGACAUCGUAGUCACAGACUGGUUCGCUCCCAGAGCAGACUGUGGCUGUACCUACAACAUCAAAGUAAAGCUGCUCUCAGCCGACUACAUCGUUUUGAAAUCCUUCGAGCCCCCACCUGUGAACAUCCAACAGUGGAGCGAUACCAAGUGGACAGAGGUCUCCCACACCUUCUCGGAUUACCCUCCAGGUGUCCGCUACAUCCACUUCCAGCACGGAGGCAAAGACACCCAGUACUGGGCAGGCUGGUACGGGCCCCGCGUCACCAACAGCAGCGUCACCGUCAGCUCUAAGAUGGCCAGGAGCCCGGCGCCCUCCACCUCUCAGCCUGAGACCACGCAGGGAUAGGAGGCAGCUGCCCGCUUCGCCUCCCCACGUCGUCUACAGGCCUUUCUGAUCAGUCUGUCAGAUGACAGCCAUUUCUCCGUCUUCUGUCUGGGUUAGCCUAGUACGGAAGUCCCCUCCAGGCCAGAGCUGAGCCUACAGUGGGCAGUGAGAGCCCCUGUCCCAAGACCUGCCCAGUUCCAACUUUGGCAAACCCACCAGUUUGUGGUAACUUACUGUCACAUAGCUGACAUUUUGUUAAUGUUUUUAAUAAAACCAGCCUGGGGUUGGGUCUAGGAGUGGCGGGUAAGGGGUCCCUGGCACUUUGGUAGAGAACCAGCCCCUUACCCAGAUUAAUUUGGCUGUACCUGCCCCAGUUAGUGACAGCCCAGGUCAGCCCUUGGGGCGCCUUUAUUGAAACAACUCACAGGACUGUAUUUGAGACAGACAGUGUUGGCCGGUUGAACCCCAAAAGGCUGAGAAAUCGAGGUCCCAGCACCCUUCCUGCCCUCCUGAGGAGAAUUCCUCCAUGAAGGCAACCAGACCUGAGUAGCCCCGGGCUGGAGGGUGGGCAGUCCAUACACAGAGGCAAUAAGAGCACUUGGAAUCAGGGUGGCCCUGCAGCGCUGCCCUAGGCUGGGGGCCCCCAAAGUCCGACAACUGUGGCAUCCGUGCGGAGCGGAAACACCCUCAGCUGCUUUUAUGAGCGCGUUCUUCCACGUACAGCUGCAUCUAAUGGACAGGAACAAACAGCCAUGUCAGGUGGACAGUAAGGGUCCUGGCAGGGUGGGGUUACCUGGCCACAGCCUGGCGUUAAGGGAAAGGACAGAGGUGGAAGGAGAGAGCUGCACGCCAGGCAUUCCUUGGUAGUUUCCCCUAGCCUUGUCCUCAAGGCCUCAGCAAACCCUGAAUAAAGCUUACCCGGUUCCCAUACGCUCACCUUUAA